CGAAGAAGAGGAAGUGACGGCGAUGAAAACGACGAAAUCUGCUUCAAAAUUGUCGUAACUGGAGCUAAUUUUUUUUGCCUUAUUUAAAUCCAUUCUGCCUGAAUACACACUGAAGUUGCAUUUCAGUCACGUAAACUAACUAGCUAGCUUGCUCUAACCGGCGUCAAGCGUUUUUUUUUUUUUUUUUUAAAUACAGAAAUCAUUAGCUAGCCAAUAGCUAACUUCAGCUAGCGUAGCUUCUUUGGGGAUUUCUGACGUAUCUUCAGUUUUGGAGCCGUUUAGCGGUGCGACUUUAGUUUAAAAGUAGUUACUGAAAGAGCCAAAACAUGUCGGAUGAUUAUGAAUUCAGCGAUGACCCGACCAUGAUGAGAAUGGAGGAGGAUGGGGAGGCAAACAGUGACGACCCGAUGUCAGCGGCUGGGGACUGUGGCCUGAUGGGGGGAGAAGCCGAGGGAUCGAGGAUCGACGCCAGUAAAAACGAGGAGGAUGAGGGGAAGAUGUUUGUCGGAGGGCUCAGCUGGGACACGACUAAGAAGGACCUGAAAGAUUACUUUUCAAAGUUUGGAGAGGUUGUAGACUGCACGUUAAAACUGGACCCCAUGACUGGACGUUCAAGGGGCUUCGGAUUUGUGCUCUUCAAAGAACCUGAAAGUGUUGACAAGGUUGCCUCUCAGAAGGAACAUAAACUCAACGGGAAGGUCAUCGAUCCCAAAAAGGCCAAGGCCAUGAAGAGCAAGGAGCCUGUAAAGAAGAUCUUUGUCGGUGGUCUCUCUCCAGACACACCUGAGGAGAAAGUCAGAGAGUACUUUGGUGCCUUCGGAGAGGUGGAGUCCAUUGAGCUUCCCAUGGAGAACAAAACUAACAAACGGAGAGGCUUCUGCUUCAUCACAUUCAAAGAGGAGGAGCCAGUUAAGAAGAUUAUGGAGAAAAAGUACCACAACAUUGGACUGAGCAAGUGUGAAAUAAAGGUGGCAAUGUCCAAGGAGCAGUACCAACAGCAGCAGUACUGGGGAGGCAGAGGAGGAUACUCAUCCAGGUCUAGAGGUCGAGGUGGUGGCCCCAAUCAAAACUGGAACCAGGGUUAUGGCAACUACUGGAAUCAAGGCUAUGGAAAUUAUGGCAACUAUGGUUACAAUAAUCAAGGAUAUGGAGGAUACGGAGGCUAUGAUUACUCUGGUUACAACAACUAUUAUGGAUAUGGUGACUACAGCAAUCAAUCUGGUGGAUACGGCAAGUCGCCACGGCGUGGUGGUCACACCAACAGUUACAAGCCGUAUUAAUGGGGAAAACCCUCAUCUUCAAGUAGGUAUGUAACAGCCAAAAAUACACAUCUUACUUUAAACUUAAAGUAGUUAUAUUGACUUUGGUGUUUGGUAACGUUUUGUAUAAUUUCCUCUUAUAAAUUUCUUUUUCUCAGCACCCUCAAGUGCUUUACAGUAGUGGUAACAUAGAGGCUACGCUCUUGUGGCGAUUAUUUAACAGCCGGCCUUCUGCUGCCUCUUUUGCACCUUCUCUUUUUUUUUAAACUGUAAAGUUAACAGGUAAAGUACUGCUACUACAGUAAAUGGAUGCCAAAGUUAAGGAUGUGCAAGGAAACAGAAAAGGAAGUAUGUUGUCUCCUAACUCUGACAUACCUUGUUUGUACCUGCCAGCGGAGCUUCCUUGCAGGCCAUGAGCUGACUCCCAGAUACUCUCAGGGCCCGCUCAAUGCGGACCGGGUACGAGAAGCAUACGCUCUCGAAUGCUGCCAUUUGGUAUGGUCUUACAACAUCCUGUAUCAGCAUUUCUAAACUAAACAAUAUGGGACACGUCCAGCUUUGUCAUCUUUCUUUCCAUUUUAAUUUCUUUGCAACUGUUUGUAAUGUAAAACUUAAAAUAUACACAUGUAAUUGUCAUUUUUUACAGGCCCUUACUCCCCCACAAGUAAUGAUUAUAAAUAUGAAAAAAUAACUAUUUGCUUUUCAAAGGAUACGUACAGCUUUCUCUGGACUUUCCAGUUCCUAAUGUUAAUAUAUGCAUUCCUAAUCUUAUCUAAAAUGCUUGUUUCUUUAUUUAGCUCUUGUAGCCAGUAGUCCAUGAGCUAAAACCUGGUUUUGGACUCUACUGUGUUGGGGGAUAAAGUGCUUUACUUUGUGUACAUGUAUUGUUCUGUUUUGUGUUACUGACAGCGAUGGAAAAGACUCCUCUUUUGUUAAUUUUCCUGUAACAAAUUUUCCUCUUAUAACCUUUGGUAAAACAAGGAGAAUCAAAGUGUCACUACAUUUCCAGAAAUUUGCAUGUGAUGCUUUUCUUUAAUGUGUAUUUUUGACCAAUCUGAAGGUUUCUUCCAUUUAAUAUUUUCAAUUUAUUGCACUUCAGGUUCUCUAGCUUAACUUUCUAACUUUUUUUAAAACUGUAAAAUGUUAAAAUAAUUGUUCUCAGUUUGUUUUUUCUUAUUGUUUUUAUUACAUUGGACAUUACAAACACAGGGGAUUCCUAUUUUCUUUGUGAUUUGACAGUUUUUCUUUCACCUAUAGCUGAUUUGUUUCUGGUUUGUUUUUUGUAGGUUUCAGAGUGAUGAAAAUCUGCUGUGCGCUGGUGGAGCAUUGGCCAGAGAGAUGGUGGUAUCCAGCAAAGAUCACUUAGCUGAUUGUAAGCGAAUAAAUGGAGAGCACUAUGACCUACAGUUUAUUUCCUCUAUAUUUACCAGAGUAUUUCAGUGUUUUUGCAUUUGUUUUGACCGCUGCAGCAACGUUUCAUUAGCAGUUCCUCAUCCGUUCUUUUUUUGUAUUUAAUGUUCUCAAACUGCUAUUUGUAAAUUGCUUCAUUUAUUCAUAACUGAAAUGUAAUAUUGUUUGGAACAAAUUACACAUAUAUACAGUAGUGUGGUAGCAAAGAUACAAAAUGAGUUGUCACCAUUGAUCCUCUUUAUCAUAGUCAUCAGUCAUAAAAUACAUUGUUAUUACAGAGUUUGAUGGUCAUAAACAUACAGCAUAUAUAUAUAUAUAUACGGUGUAUUCAACAUUAAAAUAAUGAAACAAAUAAAAAGAAUAAACACUCA